AUGAGGGAAAAUCCCCAACCUGUGCCACCCUCUUUUUUGGGUGUAGAUACUCAAGAUGACAUCGGCGAAGCACCACGCUUCUCUCUCGGUUCAAAGACAGAUGGAGCCGCAACUACAUCUCAGACUUCUGCAAACUCGACUAGUGAGAUUGAAGCCCUGAAGUUGCGGAUUGCUGAGCUGGAGAUGCGAACCCAGAAUGAUGCGCCAACGCCGUCCUUAAGCCAAAACACAGCAGAUGCAGGAGUUAAACCAGGAAACAACCAGCCAAAAAUGAUGGCCAACUUAGAGCGAUAUAAGCGAAUGGAGGAAUGUCUUUAUCUUCAUCGGAAAGAAUGGGAAGCAGACGGUGGACCGGCCACUUGGAGCAUGAACGAAUUUAGCGAUAGGCCUGAAUGGAGGGAGCGAACUGGCCAGUAUGGACCGUGGAGGUAUCUGUGGGAGGUUCAGUCCGACAGGAAAUAUGAAAGACCAGAUCCCUUCGAUCGCUAUCACGUCUGUGAAGCAGGCCAUGAUAAGCAAAACAAAACUGAGUAUGACGAGUAUGACCGAACGAUUGAUUACGGAUAUCGUCGAGAAAGGCUUCGUAAAAACUUUGAGUGGGAUUUGGACCGUCUAUUCUUAGCAGAAGAAAUGGAGCGUCGACGUCAAGGUAGUGUAUUGCACAAGCCAAAAGCAUCGGACACACACGCCUCGAACCAGAAGAUGCAUGGCGACGAUACUGAAGCUACGGAGGAGAGCAGCCUCAUAUUCUAUGCUGCUCCUGAAAUAAAGCGUUUAGACUGGCCUGGAUUCAAGCCACUUGCAAAUUCACUGGAGAAGGAUGCACAUGCUAUUGACGUUCUCAUCGGAGAGCCUAUUAUUGAAGAUAGUAACCUCAAUCAAUCUCUAAAUUGGUUUGACUCUCAGCCCCGACAACAUCAGAAACCAGACUGGCUCAGAGACGGCAAAUUCGCACAAGACGUCGCGGCCGGGCUGGUACAACUGCCGGAGAGAAUAAGAAUCAAUUCCACCGUUUUGAGGAAGGCCAUGGCCAAGAUUCUUGGAUCGGACGGACAGUCAUUAGAUGAUACCGGGGAAGGAUCUGUAUCGGUGAUCUUUACAAGGCCAUUCAAAGCAAUCACCUAUUGCGAGCCUACCCUCCGUCAGUGGCAUGCAGAGUUAGAAAAGAAGCAUAAUAAGGUGUCAGCUUCCCCGAAAGAAGACACAGUCCUUAGCGACACAUCUCCUCUUUCCACACAAGAAGCUGUCCAGGAAACCACCGUACCAUCGGUUUCAGUGGGCAAUGAGUACCAUGAGAAAGAUUUGACUUCAGAGUCCUUAAUAGACGAACUAAAUACAGCAUCGUCAGAAGAGAACAAACAGCACAAAGAAGAAGAGUCAAAAGAAGGAAACGCACAAAGCGACGCAGAUUCGCUGAAAGCACUAGGCCACUUAGAAUGCAUCCUCAAUUUCAUCGAUUCAGACAUAUUAGCCAGGAAAUCCGCCCUCGAUGGAGUUGAAAAUCACAAAGCCUUCUACUCCGACCUCUGGCAUCUUUUCCGACCAGGUACAGAAGUAAUUAGGGCCGAUGGUAAACAGGCUUACAGGGUCAUCAGAACCAGUAGCGCCGCCCAUCGGUUUGUCAACACCAGAUCUUGGUGGGAUAACAUUACUGCUCAGAAACGAAGCACAUCUUUUCUUAUAGAUUGUGUGUACAUCGACUUUGAUGGCACCAACUUGGGACCAGUAUAUGUACAGUUCUCCAUCAAGGUUUUUGAGGGAGAGAAAGAAGUUACCUCAUUCGAAGUCUAUCCGCUUCGGUUUCAUCGAACAAAACGAUCAGACUUUAGUGAUUCGGAAUGGGAUCAAGUUCAAGAACUUCCAAGCGGCGAAAGAUUUCGCCAAAAGCUCAUCAAUCGGGGCGCAAAGUUUAUGAGCGUGAUCCCGAUGAAGCACAUGUACUAUUCUGGUCUGACUUUGGGAGCGCGAGACGAGGUUGAGAGCCAGGUAGUCAUCGACUUCGACAUCCCCUCAUCUAUAGACGCCCCAGAUGACCCAAACAAGCCAAUCCCUCGAGACAAGGAAAAAUGGAAGCCAGAAAUACGCAGUGUUAUUACUAAACUCACAGAUCCCGCAGAUAAAGGCGCCAAGGGAGACCUAGGACAAAAGACUUGUCACGGACCAUGUUGCUACGGAGAAUUUGUAUAUGAUGACACGUUUAUCGAUCAGAAGGAGGCAACCGAAUAUAUCGAAAGCCUUGUGCCAAAAACGCGUGCUAUAGACGAUCACUCAUCGGUAGCAAUUUCGCCACGGCCCUUGAAAGAGGUAGUAUUUGGUUUUGUUCUUCGAAGUCGAAAAUGGGCAAAAUUGGAUCUCUCCUAUAUUACCGAUGUUCACUCUUCAAUUCCCAUUGAGAUUGCAGACAAUUCGGCAGUGGAGCCAAAUACUGACGAGACGGAACCGAGCACUGCCCUUGACCGCCUUGUCCUUGAAGAAGGGCAUCGAAAUAUGAUUGUGUCGCUUAUCUCGCAGCAUUUCCGUGAAAAGGCAUCGUCGAGGUCACAAAAAGAAGAAUUUGACAUUGUUAAAGGGAAAGGAAAGGGUCUUAUUCUACUCCUCCACGGCGCCCCAGGAGUAGGAAAAACAUCUACAGCUGAGGGAGUUGCGGAGCUGUUUCAGAAGCCGCUGCUACAAAUCACUUGUGGUGACCUUGGGUCAACAGCACGAGAAGUUGAAGAGGCGCUGGAAACAAACUUCGCAAUGGCAAGCAAGUGGGGAUGUAUCUUACUACUUGAUGAAGCAGACAUCUUCCUCGCAGAGAGGACUAGGGAAGACUAUGUGAGAAAUGGACUUGUAGCCGUCUUUCUUCGCACUCUAGAAUACUACAAUGGUAUUCUGUUCUUGACGACGAAUCGCGUCGGCGAUUUUGACGAAGCAUUCACAUCACGAAUUCACGUCAGCUUGUAUUACCCUGAGCUUGACCACAAGAAGACAAUCCAAGUAUUCAAGCUUAAUCUGGAAAUGAUUGAAAAGCGCAUAGCCCAGAAAGGAAAGACGAUUCAGUUAGACAAGACGGACAUCUGCAUGUUCGCGGGCGAGCACUUUAUGAAACACGAGCAUGCGCGCUGGAAUGGCCGACAAAUCCGCAACGCCUGCCAAACAGCACUGGCGCUGGCUGAGUUUGAGGCUCAAGGGAACAACCACAAAGCUGUUCAGAUACCCAAUGCUGCCAUAAAGCUAGAAGUGCGACACUUUAGUGUGGUACAAGACGCAUACCUCGAGUUUGCCAAGUAUAUGAACGAUCUAUACGGCACAAAUGCUGCUAGGAGGGCAAAAGAAGCGAGACUCCGAGCUUUGUGGGAGCUUGAACGCAAUAUUAACCUAAUGGACAAGUCUUCGUUCAUGCUUGGGGCACAGAAUCAGUCACAAGCAACUUCUCAACGGUACCCACCAUCUCAACAAGGAUUCCGCCCACCCAAUUUUCAGCAGCAAAGUUUCUCGCAACAAUCACAGCAUCAUGGGUUUCCCCCAAAUCAGUUCUACGAGCAACAACCUCCAUCGCACCAGAAUCCCAACAUGGCGAUGCCUCAGCCGAUGCAUUCCAAUAACCCCCAGAUUCAUGUCCAAGAGGAGUUGCCGGGAAGGCGAUCAUGGGACUCCCAGUCUGCAAAGCCAUUUGGAGCUAGUGAGGAUGAAAAUAGAUCUAGAGAACUUCCUCGAUCAACUCCUAUACCAUACCAACAGCAGCAACAAGGUAGCCAGAACUGGGUGCAGCAGAGCGUUCAAAGUAUGUAUGAGGGUGCCGGAAAUCAAGAUGGUUUCGGAAGCUCAGACGGCGAUUAUUCUUUAGGUACUAGGAGAUAG